AAAUUAUACGUUAAUACAACGCAUCAUCUUCAGAUUAGGUGGCGCCACAAUAUUUUGGAACUCCGAUUGUUAAAAUGCAGGGAAAUAAACAACUAUAUUGGGUGGCUGAAGGAAAAUAAAAACGUUAUUUAAACAUUACCGGAAAAAUGAAGAAAAUUGAGAUGAUGAAAGGAUGAGAGGUGAUGCGUGAUUGAAAUGAGGGUGAAGAUAUGGUCUUUUAUAUACAUUCAAAUGAUGGUUGUCAUAAAAUUCGUCAUUAAUGUCGACAUUAAUUAAUUGUAAUUGACGUCUUUAAUAUUUGGUAAAAUAUUAAUUAAAUCAAUUAUUUUAUCGGACAAUUGGGCAAAAAUCCCUCUAUCCAUUUAUCAAUUGGGAUUCAGUCCCUAAUGAUAAAAAAUUGGUCUGCACUCCCCCAUUUUUCCUUCUUCCUUCUUUUUCCUCCCUACUCGUAUUUUUCUUCAUUCUGUUUCUCUUCGCGCAAAAAAUUCUUCUCAAUCCGUUGUCCUCUUCCGUGAGCUCGAAAGCCACAUCCCGCACAGGUAAGGUUCUUAAUUGUUCGCCCGAUUUUACAUCGCCGCUUCUUGUCUGGUUCGAUUGAAAAAUUUCCUAGGGCACUCUCCGAAUCCUGUUCCGGUUCCCUGUCGUCGGCGGUCGGUUGAUUCGGUCGAAGAACUACCGAAGGCUGUCACCGGUUCCCUGGCCCGUAUUUCUUGUUCUCCGGUGAAAUUAGAUGUACCAGGUGUGUUUUUGUGUCAGUUGAUUCGGUCGAAGAACUACCGAAGGCUGUCACCGGUUCCCUGGCCUGUCUUUCUUGUUCUCCGGCGAAAUUAGAUGUACCAGGUUCCGAUGGACAUGGAGCAAAGUAGUCUGAAAUUAUUAAUUAUAUGUUCCUACGAAGGUGAGCAUCAUGUAAUUCGUUUAGAAGAGGGCACCACGCUGGAGGAUCUUUACCGGAAUAUAUCGAAAAGAUGGAAUAAAGUGAGUAUUGAGGCGGUAAAACUCCAAUAUAUUGCACCUAUUCAGAAAAGCUACGUGACGUUACUGUGUGACGAUGAUGUCGCUAAUAUGUGGAGAAUGCAUAUCUUGUUAAAGGUAAUGUUUGUGGAUAUGAUUGCACGGUGUAGAAGCGAGCACCAGAGCGUGCCUCUCCGAAGCACGGUUGGACGCAGGUACGUUACUCAUCAUUUGUAAUUAAGUAGUCUUUAUUAAACUUUGUUAUAGAAUGCAGUCACAAUUGUUCCUUAUGAAAGAAUGCAGUCUGUAAGCACUUAUAAUGCAGUAUGUAAGAAUGCAGUCUGUAAGCACUUAUAAUGUCAUGUUCAACACAUCUAAAAACAUAUUGUUUAUAGGUUACGUUAGUAAUAAUUCUUUCAUGAUAUUGGCAUACAACAAUACCGUGGUAUAUUGUUGCGAUGUUGUUUGUAGGUAGUAAGUAUCUACCUCCGCGAUUUUGUAGUAGCGCGGUGCAGAACGAACCACUGAAGAGAUUGUAAAGAUAUGUAGUGGGGAUAUAACGUCUUGAAGGGGUGAGGCCGAAUGUUCGGGAUUGAACGAAGAUUGCAUAGAUGGUAUCUUUAUUCCCGACGAAAGUACUAGUCUAAUUGCAAUGCAGAGAUGCAUUGUCGGGGAAGGUCAGACAUUCAAGGGACCGCAGGAGUUUAGAAAGUUACUGAAGAAUUAUUCUAUUGCCACUCAGAAACACUUCAGGUACCGAAAGAAUGAUUCGAGCAAAAUUAUUGCGGUGUGCAUCGACAAAGGCUGUGGUUGGCGUAUUUAUGCAUCCUUCCAUGCUCGUGAUGCAUCAUUCAACAUUCGUAAGUGCAAUUUACAUCACACAUGUACUAUGAGUCUAUUGCAAUCAAGAGAUCAUCCAGCAGCCGAUGCGAACUGGAUUUCUGAGGUCUACAAAGAUAAGAUACGUUCUAUGCCAGCGUAUAAGGCAUCCGACAUCCGGGAGCAUAUCCAAACAGAUUAUGGGAUUGACGUGAAAUAUCAUAAAGCAUGGCGUGGCAAGGAGAAUGCGAUAAGGGCAAUUAAUGGUGGAGGUAGAGACAGUUUCUCACAACUUCCGUGGUACUGUCAUGCACUUCGGGAGUCAAAUCCGGGAAGUAUUAUAGACUGCAAAGUUGAGCAGGCAACCAAACGUUUCCAGCGCCUUUUUGUUUGUUUAGGUGCAUGCCGGCUGGGUUUUUUGAGGGGUUGCAGGCCCCUACUCUUUCUUGAUGGGACACAUAUAAAAAAAAAACACAAAGGGUGUCUGCUAAGUGCAAUUGCAGUGGAUGGGGAUGAUGGGAUGUUUACUUUAGCAUUUUCUGCUGUGUCUACGGAAAAUAAUGAAAAUUGGGAGUGGUUUUGCUGGAAGCUGCGAUCUGUUUUAGAAUGUGAGGGACGUACUCAUUGGAAACAGUACACAUUCUUCUCGGAUCGGCACUCGGGUUUACUAAAGUCAAUCUCGUGCGUCUUUCCCGGAGCACAUCAUGUGUACUGUCUCCGACACUUAGUGGACAACUUCCGUACCCAGGUUAUGCGGAGAUACCCAAUGCAUAAUAAGAAACGAUGGACCGUUGUUUUCAAUAAGGCCGUCUAUGCUCCGUUGAGGAGAGAUUUCGAAAACCACAUUAGUUCUGUGGUCGAAUCAAUGCCAUUGGCCAGGGACUUCAUUACCCAAUCACACCCAGAAUGUUGGGCAAAUUCACUAUUCAGAGGCACUCGUUGGGGAAUAAUAAAUAAUAACAUUGCUGAGUCAUGGAAUAGUUGGGUGAGAUCCGUGAGGUCAAUGCCAUUCGUUGGGAUGUUGGAUACCAUUAGAAGGCAAGUGAUGGUAAUGAUGAAUGAACGCCGCGAAAAGUCGGAGAUAAUGCACGGAAGGCUCUGUCCAAAACAGGAGAGCAAGUUGGCACUAUCGUACAUGGCGUCUCGACAGCUACAAUGCAGUUCAUCCUCUAGAACUGUAUUCGAGGUAACAGAUUGUAAUGAAAGAUACGCAGUCGAUUUGGAGGCGCGCAAAUGCUCUUGUCGAGAAUGGCAAAUGUUCAGAUUGCCCUGCAAGCAUGCCUGCGCUUGCAUUGAAAAAUGCAGUAUGUCAAUUUAUGAUUUUUGCGAUCUUUACUAUAGCAUUGAAUGCUACAGAAAAACGUACCAGGAACCAAUAAAUCCCGUACCGACGCAUGAUAUGGACGUGAUUGUUGAAAUUCAGGCGGACCAAAUUCACCCUCCUCCGUCGUCUGUCCAACCAGGCCGGCCAAAGAAGCGAAGGUUCGAGUCCCAGCAGGUAAAGAAUCCACGAAAAUAUGGUCGUUGUGGGCGUCUUGGACAUAAUAGAAGAAGUUGCAAGCAACAAAUAGAUUAGCGAACCUUUUUUUCAUUGUACAUCUUUUUGGCUUCCAGGAGUAUAUAUUAAGACAGUAGGUAUGUAUUCAAUAGCUAUAUUGUAAUUGUUUUUUGUGUCUCUUGGAUGUAACCGGUUGGAUC